UGAUCUAUUAGUUGGCUUAUCAAACCGUAUGUUCGCAAUUCACUUUACGUGCGAUUUUUUUUAUUUCAAACGCAAGAUAGGCUUAGUCGCGACAACUUCGAAGCAUAAAUUAACUUAGCAUAUCAGUGAAAUGGCCAAUGUUCAGUCUAUUUGGAAAAAGAUGGAUACCAGACGCCGGCAGCUGGUGGAAGCCGCCGAGAAGCGACGACAGGAGGAGGCCUCCCGUGGAGUCAAGGACCCUGAGAAGGUGAAGCGCAUGCAGCAGCGGUCCGAGGAGAUGGAGAGGCGAGAGGCUGAACUGGCUAAGGAGGGAGGAUCCAACCUCAAGUGGACGACGGGGUGAAAUCCGGAGCCAGGCGGAAGUAGUCAGAGCAGUCAGCCCGAUCCGCCCGCACCCAUUUCCAAAGAAGAGAAAUACCGAUACAAGAACUAAGGUCCCGCUGUAUGUUACAUUAUAUCUCUCUGUGGACUAAAGAUAAGUGUGAUGUUGCUAAUUUAUUUUUGUUAUUAGUGUUACAGUUGGUCUACUGAUUUAUUAAAUGAAUGUAUUAUAUCAAAGUUUGUAUUUGGCGCUUAUAUUAAUAGGCUGCACAAACAAUGUUUUUAAAAUAUCAUUUUAAAGGUUUAAUUUUGACUUUUUACACAAAAAUGCUAUUGUAUUUUAAUGAUGGUGUUUAAUUCAUUGAAUAUUGUAUUAUUUAGAAUUGUAUAGUUGAUUUAUAAUUAAUGUGAAAAGUAAUUGUAUAUACAAUGAAUGAUUUUUAAUUGACCAAAAUAUGUUUAAAUUCAACAUAUAUCCAGUAUUUUUUGUCUUACUAAAAUAAAAUAUUAAAUAUUUUCAUAAGAAAUUUUACAGCAGAGCCUAUAAUAUCAAACAAUAAUAUUCGACUGAUUUUGCCCAUGCAUAGCUUGUUUCCCUUACAAACCAUAGUCAGCACAAACCUAUCCUAUUGGCAUUUGCCGCAUAUUCAUGCUUGUACAAACAGCAACACUCCUAACUGUACAUCGGUGGACCUUAUUACAAAAGGCGUAAGGUCCACCGAUGUACAGUUAACAGUGCGGGCGAUGGUAUGUACUUUAUUGCGUAAAAAUAAGGGACUUACACAAUUGGAUCCAUUUUCAAAGGCACAUUAUGUUGGCACACGGCUACUGAUUUACUGUCGGCAAGUUUCCAUAAUUGCGAAAUGUCCACUUGGAAAAAUUUCGAAAACUUCUUAUAGUUUUGCAAAAUAUCGAAAUUUUGCAUUCCCAAAAUGACAGUUGCCUUUGUCUCCUGUAAAAUUUUCCUGUAACUUUACCAACUUUUCGGAAAGUUUCCGUAACUACCGAUACCUACACAUGACAUACACGGUUGUUAUAUUUAGCGUGCUAAAAAUGAGAAAUUUGCGUAGUGUUAGCUAUUCAAGCCUGUUUGUAAACUGUGUUUUGCAUGUAAUUGCUUAGUGUGUUGUUAUUUGUAAAGUAAGAUUGUAUUUAAAUGUGCUAUUAAAUUAUCUUUGUAUAUCUUUGUACACGAAUGUAUUUUUGUAACCAACAUACAACCAUUAUAAUAAAUGUUAUAUCACGAGUAU